GAAGCGGCUCCUCAGCCAGCCGGGGACCCGCAGGCACGGUAGUAAACCCCAGCAGCGAGGGGAGGCGUGCUCCGAGAGCGCUUGCGCACUCGCAGGGGCGCCAGAUUUGGCGGGAGGGGGAGUGUCCAAAAAGCCCUUUGUUUGAUGGCAUCUCUGUUUACAGAGUUUACUCUUUAAUCUCAACCUGUUUCCUCCUCCUCCUCCUCCUGCUGCUGCUCCUGAAAACUUCACUGUGCGGCGGUGGAGCAUUUUUAAGCAGCACAGAAAGCAAAGCACUUCAGCCAGCACAGGUCCCCCCUUCCUCCCCCAGUGGCUAGUCCCAGGAUGGCCAGGAGACCCAGGCACAGUAUAUAUAGUAGUGAUGAUGAUGAUGAAGAUGUUGAGAUGUAUGAUCAUGACUACGAUGGUCUGCUUCCUAAGGCUGGAAAACGUCAUUUAGGAAAAACCAGGUGGACCCGUGAAGAGGAUGAAAAACUAAAGAAACUUGUGGAACAGAAUGGUACAGAAGACUGGAAAGUUAUUGCCAAUUUCCUUCCUAAUCGGACAGAUGUGCAGUGCCAGCAUCGAUGGCAGAAAGUACUAAAUCCUGAACUUAUCAAAGGUCCAUGGACUAAAGAAGAAGAUCAGCGGGUAAUAGAACUUGUGCAAAAAUAUGGCCCAAAGCGCUGGUCUGUUAUUGCCAAGCACUUGAAGGGGAGGAUUGGAAAACAAUGCAGGGAGAGGUGGCACAACCAUUUGAAUCCAGAAGUAAAGAAAACCUCCUGGACUGAAGAAGAAGAUAGAAUUAUUUACCAGGCACACAAGAGGCUGGGAAACAGAUGGGCAGAAAUUGCAAAGUUGCUGCCUGGACGAACUGAUAAUGCUAUCAAGAACCACUGGAAUUCUACAAUGCGUCGAAAGGUUGAACAGGAAGGUUAUCUUCAGGAGUCUUCCAAAGCCAACCAGUCAUCAUUAGCCGGAAGUUUUCAGAAAAGCAAUCACUUAAUGGGAUUUGCUCACACUCCACCUUCUGCACAGCUUCCAGCAGCCACCCAACCCCCAGUUAACAAUGACUACUCCUAUUACCACAUCUCUGAGCCACAAAAUGUCCCUGGUCAAAUCCCAUAUCCAGUAGCACUGCAUGUAAAUAUUGUCAAUGUCCCUCAGCCAGCCGCUGCAGCUAUUCAGAGACACUAUAAUGAUGAAGACCCUGAGAAAGAAAAACGAAUAAAGGAAUUAGAGUUGCUACUAAUGUCGACUGAGAAUGAACUGAAAGGGCAGCAGGCAUUACCAACACAGAACCACACAUCAAGCUACCCAGGCUGGCACAGCACCACAAUUGCUGACAAUACCAGAACUAAUGGUGACAGUGCACCUGUUUCCUGUUUGGGGGAGCAUCACCAUUGUACUCCAUCUCCACCAGUGGAUCAUGGUUGCUUACCUGAAGAAAGCGCAUCCCCUGCAAGGUGCAUGAUUGUUCAUCAGAGCAACAUCCUGGAUAAUGUUAAGAAUCUCUUAGAAUUUGCAGAAACACUUCAGUUAAUAGAUUCCGAUCCUUCAUCAUGGGGUGAUCUCAGCAGUUUUGAAUUCUUUGAAGAAGCAGACACUUCGCCUAGCAAAACUCCCUCAGGCAAAGUCUUACAGCUUCAGCAAAGAGAGGCCAAUGCGUGUAGACCUGAAGGACACCCUAGCACAAACUUGAGCAAAAUAAUGUUGAGUCAGGGUUCCCUUGACUCACCAAAGUCCUUAUCUGCCUCAAAAUGCAACACAGCUCCGUUGGUCAUUCUUCGCAAAAAGAGAGGGCAUUCCAGCCACUUAGCCAGAGGUCACAGUAGCUCCUUCAUAUUUGCUGACGUCAGCAGUUCAACUCCUAAGCGCUCCCCUGUCAAAAGCCUACCCUUCUCUCCCUCGCAGUUCUUAAACACCUCAGCCAACCAUGAAAAUCUGGACCUGGACAAUCCUACUUUAACUUCCACUCCACUUUGUGGUCAUAAAGUGUCUGUUACAACACCACUUCACAGAGACCAAACUUUUAAGCCUCAGAAGGAAAACAAUAUCUUCAGAACUCCUGCCAUCAAGAGGUCAAUAUUGGAGAGUUCUCCAAGAACACCUACUCCAUUCAAAAAUGCGCUUGCAGCUCAAGAAAUCAAAUAUGGCCCCUUGAAGAUGCUGCCUCAGACUCCAACUCAUCUUGUAGAAGACCUGCACGAUGUUAUCAAACAAGAGUCUGAUGAAUCUGGAAUUGUGUCUGGGCUACAUGAAAGUGGAAUCCCUUUGGUGAAGAAAAUCAAACAAGAGGUGGAGUCUCCAACAGGUAAAGCUGGAAACUUCUUUUGCUCAAAUCACUGGGAAGGGGAAAACCUGAACACUCAGCUCUUCACACAUGCAUCUACUAUGGAAGAUGUGCCCAAUCUUCUUACUAGUUCCGUUUUAAGGAUGCCAGUGUCAGAACAGGAUGAAAGCAUUCACAAAACAUUUGCCAUACCUAGAAACAGGCCAUUGGCUAGUCCGUUGCAGCAUCUGAGCAAUGCCUGGGAAUCAGCUUCCUGUGGGAAGAUAGAGGAUCAGAUGAUCCUGACCGAGCAAGCACGCAAAUACAUGAAUGCAUUUUCAGCCCGGACUCUGGUUAUGUAAAGGGUCUACAGACAAGCAUUAUGGUUUUCAAAACACUUCAAGUUGACCUGGAAUUCACCAUUCCUCUACAUGAAAACUUUUCAUGAAUGGGAGAAGAACAUAUUUUUGUUGUGGUACAACAGUUGGGAGCAGCACAAAGUGCAUUUAGUCACUGAGCAUAUUCUUGUUGGAUUUCACCCAACUUAAAAGGAUUUUUUUAAAAUAAAUGACACUUGCCUAAAUUAUUAGGUAUUGAAUUUUAAUCAAUUAAUUAUUAUCUUAAUGCAGACUUUUAAAAAUCAAGUGAUUUUUUUUGUAUUUUCUCAGAUCAAGCAGACAUAAUACACCAGUAUUGUUAUUUCAGUGAUGAAAUGUGUGGGGUUUUUAUAAAGAGCAGGUACUCAGACAGUUUUAUUCUAAAUCACUGAACAAAAUGCAUUGGUAUAAAUACUGCAAUAAAAAGCAUUACUACAAACGCUAGUCUAUACAAAGGGGGAAAACUGAUCAAGAUUGUGAAUGCUCAAAAAUCCAUACCGUUUGAAGUACUAUUUGAUUUUUUAUGGUUCUAGACCACUUAUACAUUGUGUGUUUCUGUUUUGGGGGGAUUUUUAUUAGCUUGCUUUAAAAAUUAUUACUGUAUGAAACAUAGAUUUAUGAGAACAAAUUAUAUUUUUAUUCAGUAAUUUAAUUUUGUAAAUGCCAAAUGGAUACUGUGUUUUGCUGCUAUGGACUUUAGCAUGUAGAAGUGCUGCUAGUGUAAAAGGGGCAGUAGAGCUUUAUAUGGAAAGAAAACAAACUUUGGUGUUAGCUACUUGACUAUGCACUAGCAUUUCAGACCUUCUUAUUUUAUUUUUUUAUAUAUUUACUUCCCCCCCAUCCCUGCCCCCUUUUUAUAAGCAAUACUUUUGAACACUGUUCCUGGGAGAUUUCUUUUUUAUUUUUUGUCUGGUUGUGUUUUGUUUCUCACUGGUUUGUAAGAACAUGCAUUGCACCUUCAUAUGUUUGGGAGAACGCUGUCUUGUUCAUGUCAUCUGUUUCGUUCCAUGUUUAGCCUAAUUGUUCCCUAACUUGGGUUUCAUGUACUGAAUCAAGUUCUUAGAAAUGUAUGGUUCUUUAUACUGCCGUACCAAACCUCUACUGAUAUGGCAAGGACACUGAUUUUUUUUGUUUUUAAUAAGACUCUGACUUUGCUGCCUUAAUAGCAUUUGGUGCAGCUUCCUCUGCACUUAAUUUUUGAUAUGACAAUGUACUUACUGCCUUGUAGAUAAAUAAAGUGUGUCUUUUUUUUUUACUUAAA